GGAAAUGUUUUAAAGAUGAUUUUGUUGUUUUUCCAGGAAACGUACGACCGACUACGGACAUUAUCGUAUUAUGACACGGAUGUAUUUGUCGUCUGCUUUUCUGUGGAGGAUAAAGACUCAUUAGAAAAUGUCAAAACAAAAUGGAUUCCAGAGAUUAAAGAAUUCCGACCAAAUACACCAUUUAUUCUCGUAGGGACACAAACUGAUUUACGUGGUUCAGUGACAGAUAUCACAGACGCUUGUGUUAAAACUACAAAAGGAAAGAAACUAGCUAAGAAAUUUGGUGCUGUAGACUAUUUAGAAUGUAGUGCACUAGAAUUAAAUGGAAUGGACGAAAUAUUUAGUGUUGCAUAUCAUGCUGCAGUAACUCCUAAAAAGAAACGACGGGUAUGGAAGAGUCUCAAAAGUGCUUUCAAACGAAAAUCUGUUGCAGAAAAAUGAAUACACUAUGUACCUUAUCAAAACUAAAAUCCAUAUUUAUUAUGUCUGUCUUAGCAAGGAGGUUACAUUAACCUCCUUUGUCUUAGUGAUUGCUGAUCUUGAUGAAUGUCUUUAUACUAGAAUACUUCGCCGUCCAUUGGGUUAUGUGAAGUGAUGAAUUUAAUAGUAUAAAUUGUGAUGGACACUUUGAGUGUGUAAACUUUGUAUCAUACAAUGUGUUCAUUUCUACAAGGGCAAAUGCAUAAUAAUAAAUCAAUCGAAUACUC